AUGGCAGAUAUUGGCGGCAUCAAAGACUAUGUCAAUUUUAUGAUUGAUGAGGCGGCCAAGGUGCUAAAGCAGACCGUUGAUCCGCAAACAAGGGAGGUAACAACGGAGGGAGAGGCAAAACUACUGGCGGCUCCCUUGCACUCUAAUCGCGCCAAACUGAAGAAGAAGAAGAAGGCAAGUGGCAAAGAGAAAGAUGUGGCGGACGAAGGUGAGCAGGAAAAUGAAGAGACGAGGUUUGUUCUUGAGGUUCAUGUUGAUAAAUCUCAGGAGAAAGCUACACCUGCUGUCGGAGAAGCGGAUGUGGAGGGGGAAGAUACUGAGAGGGAGAAGAGGGAAAAAACUGUGGCGGAUAAAGGAGGAGCCAAGCAUGUUUCUCCAGAUCCUUCGAAGAAGAUGAAGGUUGUGAAGAAGAAUGUGGCGGUUGGUCACAAGGAUGUCGGGGGAGGUAGGUUUGUCUCCGACAACCCUAUCAUCUGGCUGGUACAAAGUGCGCCCACCAGUCAACAGGGCUUUCUACAUAAGGUGUGUGAGCGCCUGGGCUUUGGCGGUGAGGGGAGAGUUUCCUGGCCAUCGGCAACAUCAAAGUUGGAGACAUCCCUUGACCACAUUUUGAAGGUUGCCCACGAUCUUUAUCUUCACCAAGGCUUGUCGGAGGAGCGUAAGCUGAAGGAAGAACUUCUACACGCACAACGUGACUUGGCUGCAGAGAGAGAGAAGGAUAAGGUCACCGCGGGGGACAUUGCCAAGCUUGACGGUGCCUUUCUUGAUGUGAAGGAGAAAUUCAAGCAUCUGGUGGAUAAAAUUAUCACCGACACCACCACCAUCGCCAACUUGAAUGCCGAGUUGGCAGCCCUAAAAAAGGAGAAGGCUGAGAAACAAGAUACCAUCGCCCAGUUGCAGGAGGCGCUUAUCGCCAAAGAGAAAGAGUUGGCGGACUUUCAAUCUGCUAUGCAGGAGGAGAUAGCGAAGGUGGUGGAGGAGGAGAAGGCGAAGAUUAGUAGGGAAGCGGUGGUAGCUUUUAAGAAGUCUUCGGCUUUCUCAGAUCUUCUUACAGAGGCAGGUAGGCAAGGUGCUGCCACCAACUUUGAGGAGCUUAAGAACAAAUUAUACUUGAACUAUGACAAGAUCAUUGCUGAUCGAGCCCCGCCAAGUCCCUAG